AUGUUAGGUGAAAUUCCUCCUGAAUUGGGUAAUAUUGAUGCACUAAAAGUUCUCAGCCUCAGUGAAAAUAAGCUAAAUGCUUCACUCCCAAGCUCCCUAGGGAAUUUUUCAUCUCUAGAAGAAUUUUAUGCGUAUGAGAGCAGAAUAACAGGUAUCAUCCCUGAUCAAGUUGGUAACAUGAGUAAUAUAAACACUUUUGCGCUCUCAGGAAAUCGGUUGACUGGAUCCAUUCCAAAAUCCGUAAGACAGCUGGGGAAACUUCAGUACUUGGCCUUAGAUCACAAUGAGUUAUUCGGACCAAUUCCUAAGGAGCUUUGUGAGUUACACACAGGGAAAUUAGCGAUUAGCCUUCUCUCCCUAACGGCUUUUGCUACGGUUGUUGUAGUUGUGGUGAUCAUUUGGUGCUGGAAUAGGAAAGUAAGGAACAGAAUGAGUGGAAGGGAAGAAUCUUUGCCUGUAACUAAAUGGAGAAGGAUUUCCUUACUCGAGCUCCAAAGAGCAACAAAUGGGUUUGAUGAUUGCAACUUGUUGGGAAAGGGAAGCUUUGGUUGUGUGUACAAAGGGGAGUUAGCCGAUGGAACCAGUGUAGCUGUGAAGGUGUUCAAUUUCUCGGAAGAAGAAGCCGAUGUUGACACGAUUGACGUUCAUCACGAAUGUGAGAUUUUGUGCAAUCUUCGACAUAGAAAUCUGAUAAAAAUUAUUAGCAUUUGUUAUGCAAUUGAUUUCAAGGCAUUAGUAUUGGAGUUCAUGCCAAAUGGAAGUUUGGAGAAGUGGCUAUAUUCUUACAAUAACUUUUUAGACAUCAUUCAGAGGGUGAACAUUGCGAUAGAUAUUGCAUCUGCCCUCGAGUAUCUUCAUCAUGGCUAUUCGGUUUCGAUAGUUCAUUGUGAUUUGAAGCCUGAAAACGUGUUGCUAGAUGGAGAUCUAGUUGCUCAUCUAAGUGAUUUCGGCAUUUCUAAGUUGCUAGGUGGCAUUGAUUCCAUCACUAAAACACGCAUGUUUGGCACCGUUGGAUACAUAGCACCAGAGUAUGGCGGGGAAGGAAUUGUGUCGGUAAAGAGUGACGUGUACAGUUUUGGUAUUCUACUCAUGGAAGUUUUCACCAGAAGAAAACCCACCGAAGAAUCAUUUGAUGAGAGAAUGGAUAUGAAGCAGUGGGUUACUACAUUUAUGCCAGAGAGAGUAACCGAUAUUGCUGAUGCAAAUUUGUUGGCGGAUGAUUCAAGAGUAAACUUCAGGGCUAAAGUCAAUUGCAUAUCAUCGAUUAUGAAGUUGGCAUUAGCGUGUUGUGCAUACACACCGGAAGACAGAAUGAAUAUCACUGAUGUGCUUUCCCAUUUGAAGAAGAUAAAGUCGCAAAUCUCGAAGUCAAGACGUGUGAGAAUUUAA